AUGAAGGUGAUCUUCAGGUUCCAGGAUGUUAUUGAAGUUGUGAAUGAAAAUGUACCAGCAUUAGCAGCAAAUGCAACUGAUGUACAACAAACAACACAUAAAGAAUUGAAGAAGAAAAAUGGAAAAGCCAUGUUCUUGAUUCAUCAGAGUGGAAGUAAUGAGAUCUUUGAGAAGAUCAUGCAUUAUGGAAGUGCAAAGGAGACAUGGGAUGCAAUGGAGAAACUGUAUUUUGGAGAUGAUAAAUUGAAGAAGGUGAUCAAUCUUACAAAUCAUAAGACAAGGAAUGGUGAAACUUUCACUGAUGUGAUGAAGGUUGAAAAAGUUCUCAAAACUUUAACACCAAGAUUUGACCACAUUGUGGUUGCUUUAGAGGAAUCUAAGGAUCUAGAUUCUAUGAAGAUAGAAGAAAUGCAAGCAACUGAAUGCAGAUCAAAGAGGGUCCCAAGGAGCAAAGAUGAACCUCAAUUUGCUCACAAUGAGGAUUCAGAUUCUGAUGAAGCACUCUUGAUGGCAACAGUCAAGGAGGAAGAAGAAAGAAGUGAUGAAUGGUACUUGGACACUGGGUGUUCAAACCAUAGGACAAGAAAGAAAUCUUGGUUCUCUGAAUUAGAUGAUUCAGCUAAUAGAAAGAUAAGAUUUGCAGACAAUAGCAUAGUUUGUGCAGUUGAAAUAUGGAAAGUAUUGAUCCACAAGAAGGAUGGUAAGAAAGCAUACAUCACUGAUGUGUUGUAUGUACCAAGUAUGAAGAACAACCUCAUCAACAUUGGUCAAUUACUGCAAAAGGGGUACACUAUGAAGAUGGAAGCACAAGCUAGGAAGGUUUUCGAUAGCAAGAAUAGAUUGAUUCUGAAAGCUCAAUUGUCAAAGCAAAGAACUUUUUGA